AUGAGAAAGCGCAACGUGGGGGAAUCUGUGCCGUAUAAUGGACCUGCCGACAUUGCGGUAGGUGGCGGUUUUCACUGGUCGGGAGUGAACCCUAAAAUCUCUUCAAUCUCCGAUUCACCGCACGUAGCGGCGUCAGCCACCACUAGGCGCAGCGAAGAUACCUCAGGCAUCACCACAGCAGAGCGCAGCGAAAACACCUCAGGCAUCACCACAGCAGAGCGAAUUAUAUCGGCCACCGCACGCGACAGCAGCGCACCAAGUUCGGUAGCCCAGUCCUUUCCAGCUCAAGUCCGGUCUUUCCCGAGCCCAUUCCCGAGCACAUCAGCCGCUGCUGUGAACGCCAGCACCGCCGAUUCAUCCUACCACAGGUCACAAUCUAAUUCCCUGCUUCCGCCUGCCGCCGGCGGCUCACGAGCAGCCACUGAUCCUGCUUCGAAGUCUAUUAAAUCUGCUGGUUGUCUAAGAGACACAUCUAUUGUUGUUGUCACAUUGGACUCAAGUGAAGUGUACAUUAUAAUCAGUUUGUCUACUAGAACUGAUACUCAGGUUAUCUAUAUUGAUCCAACGACUGGGGCUCUUCGUUAUACUGCAAAGCAUGGAUAUGAUGUUUUCAAAUCCCAAAAUGAAGCAUUAGAUUAUAUCACCUGUGGGUCAAAAUGGCUAUGUAAGAGUAUGACCCAUGCACAAGCUAUACUAGGCUAUGCAGCCCUUGGCAGCUUUUCUGUUUUGCUGGUAGCGACAAGGUUGGCUGCCAGUAUACCAAAUUUACCCGGUGGAGGGCGUGUUUUCACUGUUACUGAGAGCCAGUGGAUUAAAAUUUCACUUCAGAAUCCUCAACUACAGAGCAAAACCGAAAUUAAGAAUAUUCAAGAAUUGACUGAGCUUGAAAUUGAUGGGAAACAUUACUUCUGUGAAACUAGGGACAUAACUCGACCUUUCCCAAGUCGUAUGCCAGUGCAUAGUCCUGAUGAUGAAUUUGUUUGGAAUAAAUGGUUCUCAAUGCCUUUCAGGAACAUUGGGCUUCCGCAGCACUGCGUCAUUCUUCUACAGGGCUUUGUUGAAUGUAAGACUUUUGGUAGCCAUGGCCAGCAGGAGGGAUUUGUCGCACUUACUGCUCGUCGUAGUAGGUUGCAUCCUGGAACUCGAUACUUAGCUAGGGGUAUAAACUCAUGUUAUGGCACAGGUAAUGAAGUUGAAUGUGAACAACUUGUCUGGGUUCACAAAAGAGCUGGUCAAAGUGUUCCUUUCAAUACUUACAUUUGGCGCAGAGGUACCAUACCUAUUUGGUGGGGAGCUGAACUAAAACUUACUGCCGCUGAAGCAGAAAUAUAUGUAUCAGAUCGUGAUCCUUACAAAGGAAGUGCAGAGUAUUAUCAGAGGUUGUCUCAAAGAUAUGAUGCGCGAAAUCUGGAUGUAGCUGUUGGUGGUCAGAAAAAGAGUGCUUUGGUUCCAAUUGUGUGCGUCAACUUACUACGAAAUGGAGAAGGGAAAUCAGAGUCCAUUUUAGUUCAGCAUUUUGAAGAAUCUUUAAAUUAUAUUCGCUCCACUGGAAAACUUCCUUAUACUCGAAUUCAUUUGAUAAAUUAUGAUUGGCAUGCUAGUGUGAAACUAAAAGGUGAGCAGCAAACAAUUGAAGGACUUUGGUAUCUUUUGAAGGCACCUACGGUUUCAAUUGGAAUUUCCGAGGGUGAUUAUUUGCCAUCACGCCAAAGGAUUAAUAAUUGUAAAGGGGAAAUAAUCUAUAAUGAUGACUAUGACGGUGCUUUCUGCCUAAGGUCACAUCAAAACGGUGUCAUACGUUUCAACUGUGCUGACUCAUUGGACAGAACAAAUGCUGCUAGUUUCUUUGGUGCACUGCAGGUUUUUAUGGAGCAGUGUAGACGAUUAGGUAUAUCACUGGACAGUGAUUCUGCAUAUGGCUAUCAAUCACCUGGUAACAAUGCCGGUUAUGUUGCUCCAUUGCCUCCUGGGUGGGAGAAAAGGUCUGAUGCAGUAACUGGGAAAACAUAUUAUAUUGAUCACAACACUAGGACUACUACCUGGAAUCAUCCUUGUCCAGAUAAACCUUGGAAAAGGUUUGACAUGUCCUUUGAGGAAUUUAAGAGAUCAACUAUCUUAUCUCCUGUUUCUCAGUUAGCUGAUCUUUUCUUAGCUGCUGGUGACAUUCAUGCAACAUUAUAUACGGGGUCCAAAGCCAUGCACAGCCAAAUACUUAGCAUUUUUACUGAAGAAGCUGGCAAGUUUAAACAGUUCUCUGCUGCACAGAAUAUGAAGAUCACCCUACAGAGAAGAUAUAAGAAUGCAGUUGUAGAUAGCUCCCGUCAGAAACAAUUGGAGAUUUUUUUGGGGCUAAGGCUUUUUAAACAUUUUCCUUCCACCGUGAUCCAUCCUUUACUUGUUCCUUCACGUCCCUUUGGGUGCUUUCUGAAGCCGGUUCCAAGCAUGUUUGCAUCUUCUGAUGGUGGAGCCAGUCUUUUGAGUUUUAAAAGAAAAGACCUUAUAUGGGUUUCUUCACAAGCUGCUGAUGUGGUUGAGCUCUUUAUCUAUCUUGGAGAGCCUUGUCAUGUUAGCCAGCUUCUUCUCACUGUUGCACAUGGUGCUGAUGAUACAACAUUUCCAUCAACAGUUGAUGUGAGAACCGGCCGCUAUCUGGAUGGGCUUAAACUUGUACUUGAGGGAGCUUCUAUUCCUCGAUGUGCAAAUGGUACAAACAUUGUGAUACCAUUAACUGGACCCAUCAGCCCAGAAGAUAUGGCAGUAACUGGGGCAGGUGCACGCUUACAUGCACAGGAGUCCUCUAGCCCUUCCAUGUUAUAUGAUUUUGAAGAACUGGAAGGACAACUGGAUUUUCUUACACGUGUUGUUGCAGUUACAUUUUACCCUGCGGUGCCUGGAAGAGGGCCAAUGACACUUGGCGAGGUAGAGAUCCUUGGAGUUUCACUACCAUGGAGGUCAAUUUUUUCUCAUGAAGACAAUGGUGCUAGGUUUAUUGAAAGUAUAAAUGAUCACCGAAGGCCAAUGAACCCUUUCGGUGCUGCCAUAACAAAUGAUAAAAAGACACAAUUAUUGCAAUCAGAAUCAUCUGCCAACUCGUUAGUGGACUUGUUGACUGGAGAAAUAACAAUUACAGACUCUGUAGCACCACCAGCUGCAGAAGCUGUCAUUCAUGGGGGAAGUGACUUACUUGACUUCUUGGAUGAUGUUGCUGCUCAGCCAGCUACUGGUACAAACAGUCACUCCAUUACUGCAGCAUCUCAGGAGCCUUCAGAUAAUGGUUCUCAACAGUACAUUAGAUUGUUCAAACUUCUCGCAGGGCCUCAUUGGGAAAGAAGGUUAGAUUUCAUGGAAGCUAUGAAAUUUGAAAUAGAACGUCUGAAGCUGAAUCUUUCUGCCGCUGAAAGAGAUCGAGCCCUCUUAUCAAUUGGAAUCGAUCCUGCUAGCAUUAACCCAAAUACAUUGCUUGAGGAUUCAUACAUGGGGAGAUUACACAGGGUGGCCAGCACACUGGCAUUGUUCGGGCACGCUUCACUGGAAGAUAAAAUUACUGCUUCCAUUGGGCUUGGAACAUUUGAUAGAUGUUCCAUAGAUUUUUGGAAUGUUUCAGCAAUUGGGGAGAGGUGUUCAGGUGGUGCAUGCCAAGUUCGUGCCGAAACUGGGCUUGUUGGGGAUGGAUCAUUGACCUUAUCAUCAACAACAAAAUCGGGAUCCAUUUUUGUAUGCGCUGAUUGUGAGAGGAAGGUCUGCAGAAUUUGUUCUGCAGGAAAAGGAGCUCUUUUGCUUGCAGGCCAUAUCUCAAAGGAUAUUUCAGGUUACAACAACAUAACUAGCCUAACUAGCCAGGGAGGUUCAGUUGAUUCAUCUUCCAACCGCUUGCCAGCACUCGAUGGAAUAAUCUGUAAGGAAUGCUGCCCCGAAGUUGUACUUGACGCCUUGAUUCUGGACCUUGUUAGGGUCUUGAUUGGCCAACGAAGAAAUAAUAGGGCGGAUGCUGCUGCCGAGGAAGCCUUGAACCACGUGUUUGGAUUAUCCUCGAGAAAUUUACCCCUCAAAAGCGAUCACUUUUUAAAGAGUCAAGGAGCUGCUAAGGUCUUAAAGAAGUUAACUGAUGGAGAAGAAUCACUUGCAGAAUUUCCGUUUGCCAGUUUUUUACACCCGGUUGAGACAGCAGCAGGUUCAGCACCCUUCUUAUCUUUGGUUGCUCCUUUAAAUUCUGGAUCACAAGAGUCAUACUGGAGAGCUCCUCAUGAUGCCUCGUCUGUUGAAUUUGUCAUUGUGCUAAAUGAUAUUUCUGAUGUGUCUGGUGUUGUCUUCUGGUCAGUCCAUGUGGUUAUUCAAUGUUCGAUGCCCCUACCUUACUUCCGCUUACACUUUUUCAUGAAAUUCUGGUAUGAAGAACAAAUUAUUUUCUUACUCCAUUCCAAUGGAAAGAGAGUUGUGGCUGAUGGAAUUCAGUCAGAGGAUAGUCAACUACCUAUUAGAUUGUUGCUCUACAUGUGUCUUUCUUCUGUUUGUGCAGAGAGGUCCUUUGAAGAUGGUAAAGUUCCUAGGCAUGUCAAAUUCGCCUUCAAGAGUCCUGUUCGGUGCCGCAUCAUCUGGAUAACCUUGCGUUUGCCAAGAAUUGGAUCUAAUUCGGUCAAUUUCGAAAAAGAAUUUAACCUCUUGUCCAUGGAUGAAAACCCGUUUGCCCAAGUCGGCAGGCGUGCGUCUUUUGGUGGAGAAUUUGAUAGUGAACCAUGCAUUCAUGCUAAAAGAGUAAUAGUAGUGGGUACUGUAAGGAAAGAAAUAGGGACAUCCCCACAAGGGUCUGACCAAAUAAACGUGAGGAAUUGGUUCGAGAACCCUCCUCAGUUGAACAGAUUCAAGGUUGACAAACCUAUGGAAGUAGUUGAAACUGAACCCCCUCUUUCUAACAUUUCAGUAAAGCAUCGAGUGAACCAUUCGCCUUUCGCAAAUGUGGACUCGGAGUGCAGAGACUAUCUUUUAGAUGAGAGACUUAUUUCUCCUGCCGUGUUGUAUAUUCAAGUGUCCACCCUUCAGGAGUCAAAUAACAUGGUGACUGUUGCUGAGUAUCGGCUACCAGAAGUGAAACCCGGGACACCCAUGUAUUUUGACUUCCCCAGACAGAUAAACACUCGUCGCAUAACAUUUUGUCUGCUUGGAGACAUUGCAGCUUUCUCAGAUGACCCUUCAGAACAGGACAACUCGGAAUACAGAGCCCACCCAUGGGCUGUGGGCUUAUCACUGGCAAACAGAGUUAAAUUGUUCUACUAUGCUGAUCCAUACGAACUCGGGAAAUGGGCCAGCCUUUCUGCCGUUUGAUUAAACCAUUCUAAUCCUUUAUGUUCCGUUUGCUAGCGGAUGGCGCUUAUCUCGGCUUGAUUCUUUCAAAUGCCAAAUGUUGAGAUUUUGCGAUUCUUUAUUUUUGUAAAUUAGAGAUUUGAGAUUCUUUUGUCAUGGUUUUUAUGUGAUUUGAGGAUCAGUUUAUUGGUGUAACUCCAUAUAGUCCAAAAAAUGUACUCUAGUUGGGGUCUGUAUGUGUUCUAAUUAAUACGUCGUACUGAUGUGUUAUGAGACUAUGUAUCCGUGAUAAUCAUAUUUUCUAUCUUUUCAAAUGUCUAGGCCCCGCAAUAAAAAAAA